ACUGGUAACAUUAUUAUUGAGAGUUAUCUCAUCUUUAUAAAGGACAAGAAGGAAGGCAUCACACAAUUUGAUGAGGAGGCAGGUAGUAGUAGUGUGCGGAAAAUAAAGUACUGAUAAUAAUAAUAAUAUCAAAAAACUCCAAACAGCAUGGAUGUAGAUAAUGUUUUCCACAUGACUGGAGGAAAUGGCCAUACUAGCUAUACAAAUAAUUCCUCCCUUCAGAAGAAGGCCUCAGAUAUGGUGAAACAUAUAACCCUAGAAACAGUGCAAGAACUUUACCUCACAACAACUCCAAAAGUCUUGGGAAUAGCUGAUCUGGGUUGUUCUUCUGGUCCAAAUACUUUAUCUAUUAUCAAAGAUAUAGUCGGUGCUGUCCAAACGGCAAGUAGUAAGAUCAUGGUUCCACCACCAGAGUUCCAAGUCUUUCUCAAUGAUCUUCCAACAAACGACUUCAACUCCAUCUUUAAGUCCUUACCAGAUUUUUCAAAAAAACUUCUCAACAAAGAAAGACAAGAUACUACUACUACUACUACUACUCCUUCUAUCUUCAUAGGAGGUUAUCCUGGCUCCUUCUAUGGAAGACUCUUACCCAACAACUGCCUUAACUUUGUCUAUUCUUCUUACAGUUUGCACUGGCUCUCCAAGGUUCCUCCAGGUUUAUAUGAUGAGAAGGGAAUGUCUAUAAACAAAGGAAGUAUUUACAUCUCCGAGAGGAGCCCAAAAGAGGUUACACAAGCAUACUUGAAGCAAUUUCAGAAGGAUUUCUCACUGUUCCUUCGAGCAAGAUCCAAGGAAGUGAUUCAAGGUGGAAGAAUGGUGCUAAUUUUGUUGGGAAGAGAAGGCCCUGAUCAUCAUGUUGACAGAGGCAACUCUUUCUUUUGGCAACUCUUAUCUCGUUCUUUUUCUAUAUUAGUCUCCAAGGGUGUUAUUGAGGAGGAGAAGGUUGAUUCUUACGAUGUGCAUUUCUAUGCACCAUCGAAAGAUGAAAUUGAGGAACAAGUGAGAAGAGAGGGCUCUUUCGAAUUGACCCUAUUUGACAUGUUCGAAAUAGAGAGGAAUAAUAAUGACAUCAAUGAGAGCCAUGGAAUGACCAUUGCAAUGACAGUAAGGGCUAUACAAGAAUCGAUGAUUAGUCAGCACUUUGGAGAAGGGAUUUUGGACAGUUUCUUUGAAAUUUAUGCAAGGCUGAUAGAUGAAGAAAUUGCUAAAGAAGAUAUUAGGCCAAUCACUUUUGUUGUCGUUCUUAAGAAAUUGUGAACAAUAUUAAUUCAUUUCAAAGUAUUGUAUAUUUUUUCAAAGUUUCUUACAAUUAAUGUAGUGAAAGUGCUUUUUUUUU